AUGUUCAAUCUUUUCUUUGUGCAGAUAUGGUAUCCCAAUGUGCCUCACACAUUAUUGGCAGAGUUCAAGGGACACCAAAAUUGGGUUAAAGUUUCCGGAGAAUUCAUUACUUUUCCAGGUGGUGGAACUCAGUUUAUCCAUGGAGCAUUGCAUUACAUUGAUUUUAUCCAACAAGCAGUUCCUGAUAUUGCAUGGGGAAAGCAUACUAGAGUAGUGUUGGAUGUAGGAUGUGGAGUUGCUAGCUUCGGAGGCUAUAUAUUCGAGAGAGAUGUUAUCACAAUGUCCUUUGCACCUAAAGACGAGCACGAGGCUCAAGUUCAAUUUGCACUUGAAAGGGGAAUACCUGCAAUAUCUGCUGUUAUGGGAACUCAGCGCCUCCCAUUUCCUAACGGAGUCUUUGAUGCUGUACACUGCGCACGCUGCAGAGUCCCUUGGCACAUAGAAGGUGGGAAACUUCUUCUGGAACUGAAUCGAGUGCUUCGUCCAGGAGGCCACUUUAUCUGGUCUGCAACUCCCGUGUACCAGAAGCUUGAAGAAGAUGUGCAGAUAUGGAGAGCAAAAUUGAUUGAUAUAUGCAGGUCUGUCACAUCUUUCUUCCCAGAAAUGACUGCUCUAACAGUGUCCAUGUGUUGGGAGCUAAUAGCCAUCAAGAAAGACAAAUUGAACUCCAUUGGAGCUGCUAUCUAUCGUAAACCAGACACAAACGACUGCUAUAAACAAAGAAAACGCAGCAAACCUCCCAUGUGUAAGAAGGAAGAUGAUCCUAAUGCAGCCUGGUAUGUGCCCUUGGAACCAUGCAUGCAUAGAGUCCCAAGUGACGAAAAGGAGAGAGGAUCAAAAUGGCCUGAAGAAUGGCCAGCCCGACUUCACACCCCACCAUAUUGGCUUAACAGAGAUAAGAAGGGAAUAUAUGGACGGCCAGCACCAGAUGACUUUGAAUCUGAUUAUAAGCACUGGAAAAACGUGGUGAGAAAGACAUAUUUGAGUGGUUUGGGCAUCAGAUGGUAUGAUGUGAGAAACAUCAUGGACAUGAGAGCAGUUUAUGGAGGGUUUGCAGCAGCACUGAAGGACCUUAAAGUGUGGGUGAUGAAUGUGGUGAACGUAGAUUCCCCAGAUACACUUCCCAUCAUUUAUGAGCGUGGCCUUUUCGGCAUGUACCAUGACUGGUGUGAAUCCUUCAGUACAUAUCCAAGAACAUAUGACCUCCUGCACGCUGAUCACCUCUUCUCCAGGCUAAAAAAGAGGUGUGACAUUAAAGGGGUGAUGGUGGAGGUUGACAGAAUAGUUCGACCUGGAGGUAAACUGAUAGUUCAAGAUGAGUCGAGCACUGUUAGGGAAAUAGAAGACUUACUGAAAUCACUGCAUUGGGAGGUUCGGAUGACCUUCACCCAGAACCAAGAUGGGAUGCUCAGUGCCCAGAAGACGUUCUGGCGACCGGAAACUUACGAAGCCGCCACCUGA